AUGAUAUAUAGCAAUCAUGAUGGACAAAUUGCUUUUGAAAGCUCUCCGUCAAUUUCAGAAUCAGGAAGGAUGUUAUUUACACCCGACCUUACAGAGAGGUUUGCUCAGUUAGUCUCGCUAAGGUCUUCCUCAAUACCAAUUCUACCAGCUUCAAACGUGCCUCUGAAUCCUGAGCGAAAUCAACGUAUUCCCGUGUAUCCUAAUGCUGCGGAGCGGACACAACGCAGGAUGGCCUGGAACCCUAUGAGUGGGGACUCAACACCAUUAAUACAGUGCAAUUGGCAGCUCGGCCAGAACCGACGUCAAAGGAGGCCUGGCAGGAGGCGAGAUACCGGGCUGUCCUAUUCAUCGGCUGUCACUGACAUGGGUUGUGAUGGCUUGGCGUUGCCGCCGUCAGGUUGUGUUAUUCGGGUUGAUGAUGUACGGCGCUUGAAGAAGUAUUAUGAAAAGGCAUUUGAGGCGUUUCAGCAGCUCAACUGUAGGGUCAUCGCCAAAGCCUUUAUAAAGCUGGUUGAGCCCCGAAAACAAGUGAACUAUCCGUACAAUGGCAGAAGAAGCCCGUCUGGUAACGGAUCCGAAAGGCGAGCAGACCCCGAAUUGACUAAGCCACCAUGGUGGCCAGAGGGGGUCAAGCACAAGGAGCCCGAUCAUCUUCUGAAAGGAGAAAGGAUCACACUUCUGGUUCACAUCCUUCGAAAACUCGGCGACAGCCACGACAUAACGGCAGACAAACUGCGUGACGCUGGGCAAGACGUGCGUCGGUCGAUCAGCCCCCCGGAGCGUCUACACAUCCUGGACGAGGUAUACAGUGUCCGACACAUGGAGGAAAGGUAUCUGCGGGGCGAAAUAUCCGGCGAUGUUCUGAUUCCCAUUGCCCAAGUGCACUUGACUGGAUCUGAAUUGGACGAGACGGAGGCGGCAGGGACAGCAGACUCACAGGGUCAAGUUGAGGAGGCAUCGUGGGGGACGGGGUCGUUCACGUCGAGCGGUGGCAACGGGCAGGAGACAACGGGCCGUGGCAGCAGGAGCGAUACCAGAACGCCUGACAGUCAGGCUUCCUACGGCUCUCACCCAUCGCAGUCGCUCAGCCUGACGCUCCCCAACUCUCCCUGCAACUCAUCGACGCCCGCCAGCUCCUUUGACAGCUCCUUGGCCUACAGCCCCCGCGAGUACACCAGCAGGGCCACAUCGAGCAUGAUGUCGCAGGAGCCCUCCAACCCUACCAUGGGGAUUACCCGCCGGCCACAAAGAUCCUGCGUGUCCAACUACCUCACGCAGCCAAUACUCGCACCAGGCUCCGGCCCAGCCACGACUAAUGUGCUUUGGGGCUCACCUCUUCACGCCUCGGCACCUCCCUUCCAUCUUCCCUACUAG